CGUAUUUGCCAGUUCCUACAAUACGAAGUUUUUGUUACGAUAUUAUUUGCGCUGAAGCUUCUAAAUGUUUUUGAGCAAAUAGUGUUUUAAGCAUGCCUUCAGCAUCUGCAAAGCUCGAAAAACAAGUGUCAACUGACGCAUUAGAUCCUAUGAAGCAAGUGCUUACAAUUGUAGAAAAAAAAGUUAGAAAUUUAGAAAAACGGAAAGGCAAGUUAGAUUCUUAUAGACAUGAUUCUGCAAACGGAAAAGAACUGAAUGACGACCAGAAAAAAGCUGUAGCAAAGUAUGAUCAAGUUGUUGAAAUUUUAGACUUUGCGAAAGAAUUACAGAAGCAAUUUCAAACUUUAAUACAAGAGUACACUAAAGCUCAGAAGAAAGCUGCAAAACGAGAACAACUGGAGCGCCAACAAUUAGAGCUACAAAGGAUAAAGGAAAUUAUGGUUUAUCAAGAUCUACUUAACAGUAUGGGUGGUGAGGAUGUUAGGCAAGAUUUUUUAAAUGGAAACAAUGGUGCUGUUAAAUUAACUGAAGAAGAAUUGAAUAGUCUUGAUGAAUUGUACAAAGCUAUAUGUCCUGAACGAGAAGCAGAUUCUGAAAAUAGUUCUAAUUUUGAUCAAGUGCUUUCUGCAGCAGCAGAACAUGUUCAGGCUCUACUAGAUGCUAAGAACAAAGAAGUGUUUGGAACUACAUAUAAAUCUUUAAAAGAAACACUUCAGAAAAUUUAUACAUGUACUUACUUCAAUAAAACUGAUACCAUUCCCAAUGAGACAGAAUCAAAUACAAGUUUAUCUGAAGAAAAAGAAAAUGAACCUCAGGUUUUUGUUGAACCACAGUAUGGGCAAUCAUCUGAUGGCAAUCAGCAUUCUGAGGUUGAAGAUUCUGUGUUGCCUCAACAAAGUGGAUUACCAACUGCCCCUACUGAAAGGUCAUAUUACCAAAUAGAAAGUUCGUCCUUAUAUACUGAGCAGAAUCAUCCUAUUCAAGAAGUUUUAUCUGUGCAAGGCAAUUUAAAUUUUUUGCAAGAGUCGCAAAUAGAAAUUAAUUCAUCUCAGCCAAUAACAUCUUCUGGCCUGACAUCUCAACAUCGCACAAGAAGGCCUAGUGAAGAAGCAGCAGCAAUGUCCAGUCACCCACCUCCUGGAACUGGAAACUUAGUACUGCCUAACUCAGCAUCUUUACAGCCGCAGCAAGUUGCACAGAAUAUUCCAGCCUCUGUUCCAAUGCAGCCAACGAGCCAGGCUAUUGAUUUUGAUCCUGCUCGUCCUAUACCUACUCAAACAUAUACUAAUCAAAGUUUUUCGUCAGCAAUCCAUCCAAUGAUGGCUGCUGCAGUGUCUCAGAACUAUGUUCCCGUGACUCUGUCUCAUGGAAUUCCACCACAGCAUGUUCUACCAUCAAAUAUAGUUGUACAGCCUUUGCCUCCUAGAAGCACUGUGUCAUCCAUGGCGUCAAAUCCUAAUACUUUACCGAUGACACCAACACACACUUCGGUGAGUGGACUUGCGUCAGCACUCUCUCAACAGGCGAACAUCUAUUCGCUUUGCCUAAAAAUGAAUCAACUUAAUACAGAAAUCGCUCAACCUGCUUGUGCACCUGCUUCCCAAUAUGAAUGUAAUGAAAUUCAGGAAAGUAAUAUAGUAAAAAAUGCAAGUGCCACAUUUGGUAACUGUCGUGAUACUCGGAGUGGUGCUAGGGAAACUCGAUCAAGAAGUGAUAGUAACGAAUAUUCAAGAAACUCUAACCAAGUUGGAUAUGGAAGUGAUAGAGCUGCAUACCAAAGUACAAACAAUAGUCAAGCUUAUAUGAAUAGGGAAAAUUUUUCUGAUACUUCAAGCUACAGUAGCAAUUUGAAGAGAGGAUUAAAUUCUAGGGGAGGUGCAAGAGGCAGUAAUGCAGCAAGAGGAACAAGUAACAACCGCAGCAGCAGAGGCGGAUAUAGAAAUUAGUGGACAUUUGUGAUUAACUUUAUUAUACUUUUUCUGCUUAUUUUUCUCUCAAAUCUGGGAACUACUGAAGUGUGGAUGGGUGUAUUUAGAAUCAAGUUGUGCACUGUGCAACUCUAUUGAUUGUCAUGAUAUAUGCAGGUUGUUAUAUUGUGGUGCUUCCAAAAAUUAAUUAUACUUACGUUCAAGUCAAGCUAUAUUUCUGUUUAUUCUUUGAAUUUUAUUAAUUUUUCUUUCUAAAAAUAAUAAAUUGUGCAUUUUUUUACCUUUUUUAUUGCCUUUUCCCCCCUUUUCAUCUAAAGUACGAAGCAGUACAUGCACAUAUAUAGUAUUACUUCUGUUGGCAUAAAGCUUGGGACCAUUUUAUGUUCCAGAGAUGGUGAUGUGUCAUUAUUUUUAUUAAAUGUUACAGUUAAAGGCAAAAAUAUUGCCAGCAUUUCUAUCAUUUCAAAAAUGUUUUUAUGAUAUAUAUCAUUUCAUUAAUUGCAAAUUGUAUUCAUUGGAUUUAUGUGUCUUUAAAAUUUAAUAUGUAUAAAUUAAAUAUAAUUUCAAAAGAAUUUGAUGAGUACUUCUUGUGAACUUCAUUUUAAAUAACUUUUAAAUUUGUAUGUAUAAGCAAUAAUUGAUGAUAAAAUUACACAAUUUGAAGGACAAAUUUUCAUUGUUCUUGCCUGCUGUUGAUAUUUUCACAUGUAAUUAAGUAGGUUAAAUACGUAUUUCAAAUUCCGAAAUCUGUAAACACAUAUUGCUUUAUCUCCCCCUGUGUCAGAGUCACAUACAACUUGCAUGGAUUAAUUUUGAAGUAUUGAGAACAAAUAUAAAAUGUAUUUUUACCUAAUUAAUCACUGAAUACUUUAUUUUCUGAAAUAAUCAUAUAAUAGUUGUAUUCGUAGCUCAUGGAUUAUAAUUCAAAUGUUUGCUUAACAUAUCUCUCUCUAGUUAAAUUUAUUCUGUAGAAAUUGCUCCUUACAGCAGUCAUGAGAAAUUAUUUGAAGUUUACAAUAAUUGCAUUUGUCCAUUAUGAUUACAAAGUGAGUAGUUCCUUGUAAAGAAAUACUUUAAAGUGAAAGCCUGUGUAGGAUUUAAAAUGUGUAGUAUGUAAAAGCAUCAUAUACUGUAUUGUAUGCAAAUGGAUCAUACUUUUCCAACUGAUUUAAGGCAAUAAAUCAUAUUUUCAAUUUAACAA